AUGACCUCGAAGCCGACGAGUCUGAGAAUUCUCGCUGGCUCACAAGCGCGGACUCUUCAUCAAGAGUCGGAUCGAUCCGAACAACUGAAGACUGGUGUGGAAGCCAAAGGCAUCAAGGCGGGCAAAACGGUUGAUAAGAAGACGCUCCAGCACUUUUUCGAGACUGCAAAAGAUUCUGCAAUUGAGACCGUCGGUCUUUCUGAUGCCAAAAACCCACAUAGCAGCCGCAUCCCUAGGCCAGCUUGGCUGGGAUGA